CUCGCUCACCUACGCCUAGUGCAGACUACUUUUAGUUACCGUUUGGCAAGCUCGUCCAACAGUUCCUCGCAAGUCGCGCAUUUCUUGUUUCACUCUUCUGUUGAUAAACAUAAUGUAUCAAAAAACGUAUGUUUUCGCGGGAUGACGUAAUGCGUGGUUUGCCUUCUCAAAUAUGUGGUGAAGAAGCUGCGGCCGAACAGCUGAUCUGAGCGAGUUCCUGUGCCUAAGGGCUCUCGCACGUAUGCCGAUGGCCUUUCCUGGUUUGUUCUAUAAGUGACGUAGUGGAAUUCAUUGCAAGUGUUAAAUUGUGUUGCAAAAUUGUGUUUAGAAAGUGAAUGCAUAGAGUGAAUGAAGGAACUGAAUUUUUUAGUGAAUAAUGGUGGAGAUGUAAUAUUUUAACGAGCAAAUAUUAACCAAGAAACUAAGGUUCAAGCAAAAACAAUGCGAAGCACAAACCCAUCCCUCUCGUCAGUGAGUUACCGUUACGAACCAGGUCGAUACUCUAGUCUUAGUCCUCUCAGAGGUCCCACAGUAACAUCGGUCAGCGAUGUCUGCGACAAAACCGUGGUCAGAAUCCGAAGGACCGGCUUACAACAGGAAAGGAUCCGAGUGGUGUGCACCACCAGAAGGCAGCAUGUUAGCAGAAUGGUCACUGUAUCGGACAUGUGUCAUACGUUGCCGUCAUUACGCAAACAUGUCACUGUUAUAAGUUUCCCUCCAAAGAUGGAGCGCUCCCAAAUAGUCAACUCUAUGGGCAGCUCCGACCAUAUCCAGGAACAGACCUACAUUCAGGCGCCUAGUUUUAUGCAGUCUCAAAAUUACGCAAACAGUUCUUCCGGUUCCAUGUAUUGCAGGUCUCCAAAUUCCACGUCGUACGGUUCUGUAUCCCAGCCCCUUCAUAAAAAGGGAUCGCUGAGGAACGGAGACGUCCUCAAGAGGUCAAGAGUACAAGCUACAUACGAGUUGUCUCAGGACAUUUUAGAUAAACAAAUAGAAGUAUUAGAACGAAAAUAUGGGGGCGACAAAGCACGCAAUGCAGCUCUUACAAUUCAAAGAGCUUUUAGGAGAUACACGUUACUUAAAAAAUUCGCAGCUAUCACAGCAAUGGCCAAAGCAGAGAAAAGAAUUAGUCGAAGACUGCCAGCUGCCGCAGAAAACAACUGUAGUCCAACGCCCACCACCGAGCAACCGUGCAACGAGUACGCCUACACUUUCGACAACCAUGACUGUAAUUCUUUAAGAAUGCUACCAGUUAGAUCAAUGUCUUUGCGGGAACGGAGGCAUAUAGAUAAUAUGCAGAUACCUCGCAGUCAGUCUGGAACCCCUACAGCUUGUUGGGAAAACUACUCUUCAUCUUCUUUGCAGCACUAUUACUCACCAGCGGAAAAUAAAUUAGAUACUUCUACGCAAGUGACGUCUAGCGGCAGCUCUUGUACCGCACCUGGUACUUCUAACGGAUACAUGAGGUCGAGGAACAGUUUGUCUCGAGGAAAAGUCCCGCCAGAGGUUCCGAAAAGAACUUCUAGUAUAUCUUCAAAAUCUGUAGAACCUCAUCGUCAGAAGAGUAAUGGAUUGAUAAAAACUAACGAGAAUGGAUCUUUGUCCAGUGUACAAAGUUCUGGCAGCGAUAGCAGUGUUUCAACUGAAAGGUUACACUGUGAAUAUGCCAGCUCACCUAUUUGGAAGCGCAAAGGUAACAAUGGCUCCGAGUACGCAGAACCAGCUUUAGAAACUAGUCUUGGAAAUAUAUCUAAUGUUAGUUCGUCCACUUACACUUUAGUAGAAAGAGCAGCUGAACAACAAACCCCAAAUAGUUAUAAAAUUUCGGAAACUAUUCGUAAGCGACAAUACCGCGUUGGUCUAAAUUUGUUUAACAAGAAACCAGAGAAAGGAAUCGCGUACCUUAUACGAAGAGGUUUCUUGGAAAACUCACCUCAAGGUGUAGCGAGAUUCCUUAUAUCCCGCAAAGGCUUGAGUAAGCAGAUGAUCGGGGAGUAUUUAGGGAAUUUGCAGAGUCCCUUCUGCAUGGCUGUGUUAGAAUGUUUUGCUGGUGAACUCGAUCUGUCUGGAAUGCAAGUCGACGUGGCGUUAAGGAAAUUCCAACAACACUUCCGGAUGCCCGGGGAGGCGCAAAAAAUUGAAAGGUUGAUGGAAAUAUUCUCUCAAAGAUACUGCCAGUGCAAUGUUGAUAUUGUUGGAAGAUUGAGGUCGCCAGAUACGAUUUUUGUUCUGGCUUUCGCAAUAAUAAUGUUAAACACAGAUUUGCACACCCCGAACAUGAAGCCGGAACGACGAAUGCGAUGUGAAGACUUCAUUAAGAAUCUCAGAGGCAUUGACGAUUGUGGAGAUAUCGAUACCGAUAUGUUAGUUGGUAUAUUCGAAAGAGUGAAAGCCAAUGAAUUCAAACCUGGUUCAGAUCACGUAACCCAAGUUAUGAAAGUGCAAAGCACCAUUGUGGGGAAGAAACCAAAUAUGGCGUUACCACACCGCAGGUUGGUGUGUUAUUGUCGAUUAUAUGAAAUACCAGAUAUAAAUAAGAAAGAGAGACCGGGAGUGCAUCAGAGGGAAGUAUUUCUGUUUAACGACCUGCUAGUAAUUACUAAGAUAUUAAGUAAAAAGAAGUCUUCAGUCACAUAUACUUUUAGAAAUAGUUAUCCUCUUUGUGGGAUGGUUGUAACACUCUUUGAUGUACCACAUUAUCUGUAUGGUAUACGACUAAGUCAACGCGUAGAUCAAAAAAUUUUAGUUACAUUUAAUGCCCGAAAUGAACACGAUAGAUGUAAAUUUGCAGAAGAUUUGAAAGAAGCAGUCAGUGAAAUGGAUGAAAUGGAAAAUCUUAGAAUAGAAGCCGAAUUAGAUAGGCAAAAGUCAAAUAGAGGCGGAAGUCGAACAGGUACCGAAAACCGAGAUAGCGGAGUAGCAGACGUUGAAGUAUGCUCUUACCAGUGCCCUUGCUCUCAAAUGCCCUCUAUGAAUCCUAACGAGGAAGAAAUUCAACACGAUCCGCAAAUUAAACGAUCAGCACUCAGUAAUUCAUUGCUUGAUAUCCAUGAACAGUUUGCAGGAGAGAAAGCACAACGAAGAGGUAGUGUCGGUUCACUGGAUAGCGGAAUGUCAGUUUCAUUUCAAUCAACGUCGGCGUCGGCCAGUUCCUGCUCAAGGUCUGACAAGUUGGCAGGAAAACAGGCCGGGAAACCUGGAAUUCUUAACCACCAAGGGCCACCAGGUCCCCAUGGCUUCUUAGGCGGCAUCUUCAACAAGAAGGCUAGUGGAGGGCAACCCAAAUCAACGGAAGUGUAAAAUAGUAAUAUUUGUCACUUUUAGGCUUUUGAUAUUUUUGUAACUUACGGUAAGCUUGUUUCUGAUAUUUAAUCUACACUAUAUGUAUUCAAGUAUGAUAGUGAACUUAUUCUGUAAGCUAUAAAAUGUUAGAAAAUGCAAAUUCAUCUAAAAUACGGGUUAUUAAUUUAUUUUUAUAUCAGUACUUUUUAGAAAUAAUUUCGCCUCCCACUAAUCAAUGAUAUUAGCUUGAGGCUCUUGCUCUCAUAAAAUAUACAAAGUAAAAAAUAUCAUACAUAAAUUAUAAUUUUUUCAUAGUGUAUUUUAAAUAAGAUAAAUUUUUUUAUUUUAUUCGUAAAUUUAAACAAAGUAUGAAGACAACUGUGAUGUCAUAUAAUUUAACAAAAAAUGUAAUGUUUUAUCAAAACACAUUUUUAUAAAUAAUCUAGUCAAAAUUAGAAAAAAAAUAUUGUAACACUUUACGAAAUGCCGUUUUGUAACUCGUUCAUGUUGCGGGAUCUCGCUGUGCUCGUCCCGCAAAUAUUCACUCGUUUCAUAAACUAAGGCAUUUUGUAAUUGGUUCCAUAAUAUAUAUUUAAUCUUCCUUCAAUAUAAAAAAAGCAAUGUACCUAUAUAUUUAUUUUAAAACAAAAAAAAGGUUUAUUUUUAUUUCUUUUCGCAACUGGUGACAUAAUGAGUUUUGCCUUAAGAUGGAGUAGUAAUUUUUUCGCAUCAUACGCUUUCAGAAAAGUGUUUGAAAUACAUUAUUUAUUUUGCUAAUGUAAGAAAGAAACAAGUUUGUAUUAUGCCGAAACUUCAGGUUCGCCACUGCGAAAUAUUUUUGGUUAAUUGUAAAUACACAGAAACACAACCUUUUUUCACACAUCACUGACUGUUUAUUUUUGUUAAAAAUAUGAAUAAGUUAUGAAAAUAUCAAAAAAAUUAUGGGUAGACCUGUCUAUUUGAGCACACAGCUAUUAUUUUGUUACCAAGUGUUUUGUUAAAAAUUAAAGAGUUUGAUGGCUUUUAGAAAUAAAAAUUUAUUAUAGUAAUAGUUCAUAAUAAAACAAAACUCGGUAUUUUCCCCCUACAAUAUCAGAAUAUUUUUAAUAUGUUUUUACUUUUUAUCUCGAAUUUUUUUAAUUGGAGAGUAAAGGACGCUAGUCAACUGGUACCUAUCAGCUAUCAAAAUGGCAAUAUAGCUAAUAUAAUAUUAUAAUAAAUAUAUUAAAAAUUGAUCUGCAAUGUUUCGAACUUAAAAUAUGAUGACAACCAAAUACCUAUAUCGUCAUAUUUUAAAUUGCUCAUUGUCCAGUUAGUAAUGAAACAAUACGAAAUUAUACAGUAUAAAGAAAUUUUAAAAAUGUAUGAGGUGAGAAAUUACUCUUUUAAUGAAUACAAUAAAAUUGUUGAUGAAUAUUACUAUAAUAGAUGAAAUGCCUGUUCAACGCUUAUUUAUAUUUAAAUUAAUUGUAUUGGAAUUUUAGUCAACAAUCUAUUUUGUAAUUUUACAUUUCACCAUGUACUUUUCCAUUUGAUCGUUUUGUUUGUUUUAACAAAAAUAAAUAAUAAUAUUUGAUAUAUCAUGUUUCGUGAAUUGCAUUGUAAUUGUACAUAUUUAAUAAUAACAUUUUUAUAUAAUAAAUUUUUAAAUUGUUUAAUAUUUUUGCCACUAAUAUUCAAGUGUUCAGUGGGUUAACUGGCAAUACGUCCAAUUUAAAUUAGGUAAAAUUUAAAUGAAUAAAAAUGGGCCGUUUUGUUUUACAGCUUUCACCACAAAUUUCUGUGCUAAUUAAGCAACAUCGUCAUUAUAGAUACAGUAUUGCUGUAGACUAAGCAAAAUUUAUAGAUAUUAGUCUUAUUAUUUUCUACUUUGCUUCAUAGAAUACUCAUAUGCUAAGUUUGAAAUGUACCUCAUUGAGCAGAGCGAAUAUAUUUUUUGCUCACGUGACAUCGAGCAAACCAUAUCAAUGGAGUAAAAAAGCAAAACGAGGUACUUUUCAAACGCAACAUCAGUUCGAUAUGUUAUGCAAAUAUUACUGCACUGUUCCUCAUCCACCUUUCCAUUAAAAUAUUAAUUUUUCCUCUACUGAUUUAGUUUUAUUUUGAUAAUUGAUCAACUUUUAGGUGUUUUAUUUAUAAAUUGUGAAUACUCCUUUUUAUAAAAUUAAUUAAAAUACAUAAUAUUAUAGUGAAUUAAUAAUUAAUACUAGAAAAGACAAUGCAAAUAUUAAAGAAAUAAAAACAAAUAUGCCUCUUCAAAUAUACAAAUUAUACUGGAUUCAAUAUAAAAUCCAUACCACAUCAUCGAUGCAUAGUUGCUAAAUUACUGUAAUAACAGGGGACCAUUAGAAAAUUUGGAAUUUUCCGAAAACACUCAAUUUAGUAGGAAUAAACUUUGCAAAAGAAUUUUGAAACGGCCAUUACAGAAACAAAAUUUUAUUUAGGCAUGAUGAUGUAAUUAGUUAAUAAAUAUCUAUUGUUAAAAGAAGUAGCAAUAAUUAGAAUAGUUGGAUAAAUAACAUUAACAACUCAUUACAGUUUAAAACUAAUAAAAUUUAAAGACUAAAAAAUUCUUAUCACAUCAAUCAGAUUCAUUAGAACUAAAGUAACCUACAAUCUGUCCUUUAUAUGCAGAAUGUCACUAUUCUUUACUACUUCUGCUAUAGACCUAACAGUAGAUAGAUCGAGAUUAAGUGCUAUUGCUAUACGCUAAAAAAAAUUAAUAUUGAUAUUACACAUUAAUCGAUUACUUACUGCUAACAGCUGCUAAAAUAAUAUACUGAAGAAGCCACUAGUGACUAUUUAAUAAUUGUUUUGGCAUUUUUUCAUUGAAUAAAUAUACAAUAAACGAACACCACUAUUAAAUUAAAUACACAAUAAAUUUGUUGAAAAGAAAUCGAAUGAUGCUAAGCACGGGAUGCUUGACAACAAUAUGCGACAGUUCAUGAAUUUGAUGCCAACUUUCACUAUGAAAUUCACAAUUUUUUUUUUUGUUAAAAACCUACUUACAGUACAUUUACAUGAUAUGCUAAAAAAUUACUUUUUAUUAUACAAUCUUUAAAAAAGAAAUCUAUGCGUUCGAAUUUAUUACUUCAAUUGUCAAAUAAAAUUUCAUUCAUUUAAAUGGUGUUUGUGGUACGAAUGCCUGUCUUAGAUGACGUGAAUUGGAUUUUAUAUUAAAUACAGCAUAUUAAAGAAAAUGAUUAAUUUUCAAGAAUAAAGCUAUUUACAAGUAUUUAGUACUACUUCACUUGUUAAGAACCUGCCGAUUAAAAAAAUUAUUAUUUUUUUGCCUCGAUCGUGACAAAGCUAAUUAAAUAAAGAACAUUGCUUUGUAAAAUUCAAGGAAAGGUGGGAUUAUGAAGUGUAGAGGAAAGGAGGACAAUCUCAUGUGGUUGUUUAUCUCGAAAAGUGUCCACCCAAAAGCAAUAAAUAAGGUUUCAGAAAGUUACCAAAAUGGCGCUCGAGUACUAGAAGAGCAAUAUCCAGUGGUAUAGUUAUAUAGAAUGCUCAUCCAUAUAUAAAUUCGACGUCGAAAAGCGGGUUUCUAUUUAAGUAAUAAAGAGAUAGAUAUGUUAUUUUAUUAAUAUUUAGAGGAUAAAAAAAUAUAAAUAAUUAAUUGUAUAAUUAAACAUUUCUGCAAUGUCUACAAUGAAGUUCAGAAGUUCGAAAUUUUUUGCUACAGCUUUAUAAUUAAUAAACUUACGGUGAUAUUUACUUUGAAUUAUAAGCUUCCUUCCAAUUAAAAAAUUGUAAUAAAAGAUAUUUGGAAAAGGAACAAUAACACCAAACAUUUUUGUGAAAGUUCGAUGAAGUAGAAAUAGAUCAUUUUCAUAAUUACACUUGAUGUGCAAACUUUUUUAUAUAUUUUUCAAAUUUUACUUUUACAAGGUAUUGGAUAACAAUCAAAAUUUAAAUAAUGAAAUUUUCAAAACUAUUUUUAUUAUCAUUUAAACGUAAUUCUUUAAAUGUUAAAUUUGAAAAAGAACAAUAAAAGGUCUAAGCAAUAAAAUUAACAUUUGGCAUAAAAUAUAUAAAAAUACAAAUACUACAUUAACAACUAUACUAACUACAACCUAAACUCGUAAAAUAUUUAGAAAUUAUUCACUAAUUGGUAGUUCAUAAAUUUUAAUAAAUUAAUUAAUUUACUAAAGGAAAAUUAACAUUCUUUCAAAUUUAAUAAAAAUUAUUCGGAUGUCUGCGGCAUGUCUUUUUAAACUUUUGCACCCCUUGUACAGCUUUUGAUUGCAUACGUUCUCCCCAUUUUAAUAUAAUAAUAUUUAUGUUUUUAUAUUACAAUAAAAUUUGACUAUUGUCGUCUAUUAUCAAAAUUUGUUUACGAUUAUAUACUCUGAUACUCUUCACCGUGUAGUUUUUAGGUUACACUCUUUUAUUUAUAUAUGGGUAAGCAAUCUAUAUAACUAUAGACAUUAUUGGUGUGUGUGAUCUGAAUUAUCCAUUGACGACUUUCAGCGCUCAUAAACGCCAUUCUGGUACAGUAACGCCAUCUUAAUUUCAAGGGACACUUUGUAGACAGAGUUCUCCUUACCUUUACACUCUAUAUGUAAGAUUAAACAAUAAGAUGCAGAUAAUAAGCGGCCUUCGCUCAUACAAAUCUGCCGCAUAUACAGAGGUUACUUUAAACGGAACUUUCUGGAAAAAUAUACUCCCUGCCAUUAAUUUUAAUAUUAAAAACCGUUCAUGAAGUUUGCCACAGGAAUUGUUUUGACAAUACAACAGCAAACAAAUACUUGACUGUAGGUUCUUUCGUUCGUCCCACUGGCGUAGAAAUGAACUACACCAACGUUUUGUCCGGUGUAACACCCACCUCACCUUCCUGUUGGCGAUGUGGUGUCCACUGGUGGAUAUUUUCUCCUCCAGCUAUUUCGCAGGAGUGAAUUACACUCGAAAUAUGUAUAAGGAAUAAGGAGGAAGUAAACUAGGUAAAUAAGGUGGUGUAAUUGACAGUGAUGGACACUGCACCAACAGCGAACGAAAGAACCUUGUGAAUAGACAGAAUAUGCGAUCAAUGCAAUUCUGACUGGCAAUAAUUGUUAAGUAUCAAAGCACCUUAAGAGAUUGGAUCUGUCGAACUCUGACCGGGGAUGUGAACAAAAAAAUGAGACUACGGUUGUCCAACGCUCUCAUUUACAUACGAGAGGCAUCUUCUGGCGACGUUGUCAGCUACAUAACAUUUGUAGGCAGGCUGACAUACUAAGAGAAGUCCGAUUCAGGAGGAUGAGGAUUCACAAUGGGCUAAGUGAGGUAACUCAUCCUUUCCAUUUUACAGAAGGGCUUCACAGUAAUUGUCCAUUGUUUCUAGCUAUUAAAUAAAUAAUUAACUUUUAUGCAUAUUUAGCUCUUAAACAUUUAAACGUCUUGCCAGCUUGCCAUAUCUUAUUCGAUAAUACCUUAAAUAUAUCCAAUAAAAAAAAAACAUUUUUGAUUACAUUCUUGUGAAGAAUGUAAUUUAAAUAUAUCGAUUUAUUAUAAGAGCAGUAGUCUAAAAACGAACGGCACUAACUUUGCCGAAGAAAAUGUUUCUCUUUUCAGCCCUUUUUACUCACUAAAUUCGCUAUCAGGAGAUAGUAAUGAAACCUAAUUUUGUAAACAAAAGACAACGCUAGAAAGAGAAAAUCGUAUAAUUUGAAAGCUAUAGAGAGUAAUAGUAAUAUUUAUUUUACUUUAUUAAUGGCACUCAGUAUACCGGCACCGGCUAUAUAAUAAUAGAUAAAAUUAUCUGAAUACAGUGCAUAGUCGUGCUACUGGAAUAGUAAAUAAAUAGUAAAAGGUAUAAUAAAAUUUAAAAAAAUUUAUAGAUAUAUUCAUAAAACGACGAAAUCAUUUAAGUUUAACUCCAAAAUUAAAAUUUAAAUGUAAUAAUAAUAAUAAUAAUAUUAAUGUUUAUUUAAAGAGUUUAAAUUAAAAUACAUAUAAUAUAAAUGUUAAACUUAGUCACAGAAGUUGUUUUACAAAAUUGCAGGUACUUAUAAACAGUUGAUUAUUUUAUUGUAACUUAUUAAUUUUAUCUAAAAAAUGUAAAAAAAAACAAAGUACUUAAUUAGAAAGACUUUCAUCGCUAUCUGAAUCGGUAUCGUUAACAACAAAUUUUAGAAAUUCACCAUCUAUGCUCUCUCAUAUAAUAUGGUCCAGUUUCAACAUUUUAUUUUCUUCUUUAAGCACAUGAUUAAUACAUUUUUCCAGUUUUCAUCACUCGUUUAAUAGUUUUCCAACAGUUGCCAAACAUCAUUCAAUUUAAAAGUUGUUUUUCCGAACCCAAUUUAAAAGUGGUGUACUUUAAAUUGCGUCCCUAUUAGCUCAAUUGGGUUAAGUUCACAAUGAUAAGGAGGAAGGCGCAACACAUGAAUUUCAUGUGCUGCUGCAAUCUCAUCAAUAACGUAUCGUAUAGGAGGUUUAUUUAAUUGUACUCUAUCUGUAACUUUACUUUGAGUAGAUUUUCACUACAAACAAUGCUUUUACUUCUUAACCAUUAAUUAAUCUAAGGUUUAUUCCAUGAUGAAGUAUGAUUUUUUCAAAUGGUUGUCAGUGAUAACUAGCAUAUUAUAUAUUACGAUUACUGACCCUUUUGGAAUAGAUUUUAUAAUUUCUUCAAAAUACUCUUUUAAAACAUCAUGCCUUUAUGGUAAUCUCCAGUUGUAUGCAGAUGUGAGGGUGCCUUUAUUCAAAAAGCCUUCGUCACUUCCAAUUUUUACCAAUUAAUCGUCUUCCAUUACUUGGAGUUUUUAAUCCAGACGAUAAUCCUUCCAAGAAAGCUUGGCGUGAGGUUUGAAUAUUAUUAUCUGACUAGAUUUUGUAUACUAUGUGUCCUUCAUUUGCCCAUGUUUCAUCUAAAUAAAAAAAUUGUCUUCCCUUUGAACGAUAUUGCUUUAUGGUUUUAAGAUAAUUUCUUCUCCAACAAAUAAUGUCGUCUCCAACAGAUAAUUUCAUCACUAUCAAUUAGCGUCGAUUUUCGACCAUGUAAAAUGUAAUUCUUUAAGAGUUUGCCAAAGUUUUGUUUGUUUUAUGUUGGGCAAAUCGGAAUCUUCUUUUAUAGAAUUCAAAAUUUUUGCUAACGUUGGAACUUUUUUAAAAUAAAAUUCGUGUACCUUUCGUCUAAAUUGUUCCUUUGAUUUCUUCUGGAAGUUCCUGUUUUUAUUUAUCUCCUCGAUAUUCUUUUGGUGGAGUCAGGUCUCCCGACUUUGCUUACGAAAGAUUCUGUAUAUAGUAGUUCCCACACUUGUUCUAUUUGAUGUUCUUUCUACGUCACCUCCACUGUUCCAGAUCAAAGCUCUUUCCUUACGUAGCAUACACAUUUUUUAUAAUAGUUUUCUCAUUUAUUGAUAGUGGAUUAUCUUUGAUGCGUUUUACAGGACUAAACUCUAAACUAUUUUACAUUUUCACUCUAGUCACUAAUUCAUGUAUCACAACAGAAACACUACAAAAUACUAAAUAUCAACAUUACUUUCGAUGUUAUUUAUAUAUAUUGCUCUGAUAUAACAUUACUUAUUGAUAUAGUUCCAAAAAUAAUUCAGGUAUUUACUUUAAUGAAAUACCAAAAAUUUCUUCUUAUAAUAAUUUUAAAGUUUUUUCUGACAUCCUGAAAUGCACUUAUGCAAGGAUUAAAAUUUCUAAAAUCCCAGUUCAUGUGUUUUGAUUUGUUCUUUAGAACUUUACUCCUUAAUAUUAAAUUACCUGACUCAUUCAUCUAUAGUACUAAAUAAAAAAAAAAGAAUGCAAACAUAUACAUAAUAUAGUUAUUAUUUUUUAAAUUAUUAAUUCAAUAGUGCCUACUUUUUAUUUAUUAGUUGGAGAGCCUAUGACUUACUGCUUUAAAAAGGUUUUAUUACUAUCCUGAUAGACGUUUUUGUUUGAAUCUAUUCCAUUUAAACAAUAUCCCUAUUAAAGGACAUUAUCGAAUAAGGCUACAAUGUAUAUUAAUUUGAAGUGUGAAAAUUUGAAAUUCUCUUAUAGAGAUUUCUUCAAUAUAUACUUCUUGAAUUCUAAAAUUACUUUUUUGGUAUAAUGCUAUAAUUCUUAAUUACAUCUUAAUAAAUACUUACAAUUGAUAAUUGUAAAAUAAUUUGAUAUGAAAAGUAAAUUGGUGUUUUGUAUAAAAGUGUGAUUCGUACUUUUUGCUGCUGAUGGUAACAUUGAUGUUAAAUUUACUUGAAGUUGUCUUAAUAUUAAGUAAUAUAUCGUUGGUUUACUAUCAAAACAUCCUAAGUCAGAGUAGAGUAAUUUUACAGGAGACACUAAAAAAAUUUCUUUUGUCUUAAUAUAAGAUUUGGCAUUUUUAAAUACGACAAUGCUCUAGAGUGUAGAUGGUUUUGCAGAAAUAUGUGUCUGUGAUAUCAGAAUGUGAAAUAAUAGAAAAAAAUUUAAACUAUAAAAGAUACUUGGGAGGUUUUGAUAGUUAGCCGAUGAUAUGCAAUAAUUAAAUCAACAUACUUCAGAAAACAUCCUGGUGCAAUCAAUUUCUGACAAGUAAUAACUAACGCAAAUAUUGAAACUUUCCUAUACCUUCGCUUAAUAAUAAGAUGUAAAACUACCUAAUUUAUUGACAAAACAAUGUGAAUAUAGGCAGGAUGUUGUACAGAUAUUUUUCCUCAUUUAGAAGAUUAAUGUGACCACAAUAGUAUAUUUUUACCUUCUAAUUAAGUUCUGAUUGCCCAAUUCUUUUCGUAAUACUCAGUUGUAACUCGUCAGAAAUUGGUGUUUACGAAUGCUACCAGACAUUUCAUCAUGUAAAAAUAUAGUAAGUAAUUCGAACAAUAUUUGUUUAUUUGCCCAUGUUACUUUUAUUUAUUUUUUGCCAUCCUAAAUUACAUAUUAAUAUCUUACUAGUUUUUUUUUUUUGUACUUAUAUUGAAAUUGUCUGUACCUAUGAAUAUUUCUGGAAAAGUUACCUUGUGUAUAAAAUUCUACUAUUUAAUGAAUAACCUAUUUGUAUAUUUUAAGUUGUGCAUGACAAAAGUAACCAAAUAUAUUUUCA